CACAGAAUCGUGUCUAAGAGAAGAAAUGAGAACCAAAACGCGAGGUGGCAGAGCUCGUCUCUCUAAAUUGUCUUCACCAACUCUAACUCCAACCGCCAACACCUGCUCACUUGUUUUUCCCACUCUCAAACUGGAUGAAGCAAAUGGAAACAAUGAUGAUAUUAAUACGGCUUCAGCUUUUAGUGAUAUUGGGACUGAUAAUCUAGUAGGAAUGCCUGGUGGUCUAGGUUUCAGUGGAGAGUUUAUGGAAAUGGAUUGGUCAGAUGGAGAGAGUUGUAUUAUAUGUGAUAAAAGUGGCAGGAAUUUGUUGGUUUGUAGUGAAAUUGGCUGCGCACUUGCCCUUCAUGAGAACUGCAUGGAAUCUGGACCUAAAUUUGAUGAUGUAGGGAACUUUUACUGCCCUUAUUGUUGGUAUAAGCGUGAAAUGGUGAGGACUCAAGAGUUGAGGAAGAAAGCUAUGGAAGCAAAGAGAGCGUUGCUGCAUUUUAUUGAUUCGAAAAUGGAUGGUGAUGAUAAAGGGAAGAAGAAUGGUGGAAGAGAUAAAGAGGAGGAGCUGAAUGUUUCUCCUCCUGUUGGAGAGAAAAACUUUGGUGAUUGUGAGGAUAGGAAGGAUGAUAAUCAACUUGAGAGUCAAUUUGUGGAAGUCGAGGAUGAUCAAGAAAAUAAUGAGGACACUGCAAAAUUAGUUGACUCCUGUGAUCAAUGUAAGACAGCUGUUGAACACCAAGGUGAACCUCUUUCAGAUGAUCAAAGUAUGAAGAAAUCACCGGGGGUCAAGUCACCUGUGAAUAUCACAAAUAAAGAAGGAUCCAGUAAGGAAAAUUUAUCUGAAAGUCAUGAGUUUGAAGUUUUAGAAGAUGAAGAAGAAAUACGAGUGGAGGAUUCAGGACAAGUUGAUGAUAGUGGAAACGAAAGGACUGUUGAAGAUCCACCACAAACAGAGCCCUGUAUUGCUUCCAGAGUACAAGAAAAUGCUGCGGAUGGUCCACAUCAGGAAGAAGGAAGAGAAAUACGUGUAUCUUGUUCUGUAAAGCUAAAGCGAGGAAGAAUGGAGGAUGAAGAGAAAAUUCUCCCGGAAACAUCAGGAGCUGAAAUGUCUGAUUCUGAUGCACAGACACUCUUAAUGCGUCAGAGGCGUGUUGGACAAAAAAGUAAGAAGAAAGCGCAUCAGAAUGUUGAUGCACCAAAGAAACGAUCCUCCCGACUAAAUGCCACUCCAAAGAAAAUUGCUAGGACUCACAAUGAGAAAGUAACUGCCUCAAAAGAGCCUAGUCUACAAAAAGCAGCCGCUAAGAAAUUCACAAGCCAGAUGUUUUGUAAUGAGAAGCGUAAGAGACUACACUGGACGACUGAAGAAGAAGAAAUGCUCAAGGAAGGAGUGCAGAAAUUUUCAACUAAAGUGAACAAAAAUCUACCUUGGAGAAAAAUUUUGGAAUUCGGUCGCCAUGUUUUUGAUCCAACUCGUAAUCCAGCUGAUCUCAAGGAUAAAUGGAGGAACAUCAUGGCCAAAGAGUCCUCAACUGUCAACAGGAGCUAA